UUUCCUAUUUGACGAUUUUAAUCAUUACAUUUACUUUAAAAAAAAAAUCAAGGGAGAAGAAGGAUGCUAUGGUAAAAGAAAGGGUGUGCUUGAAAAUUGUGGCGUUGUUUAUAAAUCGCGUGGGAACUAAGCAUUUGGGGCAGAAGCAAAACCUCAAGCUCAAAUCAUGGUUUCCUCCGACAAGGAUCCCCGAGAGGAAGUAAUUCAAGCAUGGUAUAUGGAUGAUAGCAAUGAAGAUCAAAGACUUCCCCAUCACAAAGAACCCAAGGAGUUUGUCUCAUUGGAUCAACUUGCUGAACUUGGAGUCCUUAGCUGGAAAUUAGAUGCUGAUAACCCUGAAACAGAUCCAGAGUUGAAAAAGAUUCGUGAAGAACGUGGUUACUCCUACUUGGAUGUUUGUGAGGUCUGCCCAGAAAAGUUGCCAAAUUAUGAAGAGAAGAUCAAAAGCUUCUUUGAAGAGCAUCUGCACACCGAUGAGGAGAUCCGUUAUGCUGUUGCUGGAAGUGGUUAUUUUGAUGUCAGGGAUCGCAAUGAGGCUUGGAUUCGUGUAUGGGUGAAGAAAGGAGGAAUGAUCAUUUUGCCUGCCGGAAUUUAUCACCGUUUUACACUGGAUGAGAACAAUUAUAUCAAGGCUUUGCGAUUUUUCGUUGGUGAACCAAUUUGGACUCCAUACAAUCGCCCACAUGAUCAUCUCCCUGCAAGAGAGGAAUAUAUCAAGACUUUUGUGGAGAAGGAUGUUGCCAACCAUAUUGAUGCAGCUGCUUAAGAUUCGGUUGUCCCUGAUUGUAACAUGUGUUAAAAAAUGACCAAGGCUUUGAUACUAAAAUGAAGUUUGAGAAAAAUAAUUGUCUCUAACUAGAGGCUAGUCUUUUGUAUCGUGGUAUGUAAGUAACCCUUUAAGCCUCGAUGUUAUUUAUAUCCAUGCAAUCGUGUUUGUUGCCCUGUGUUGUAUAAAAUCGGAUUUACAAGUAUUAAUUAUCAGAAUUUGGGACAGAAUAAACAUAUACAUAAAUAAAAUGUUAAUGUAUUAAGAAUU